AACCAUACAUUGUAAUUUUAAUACAUAGAAUUCUCAGUUUCUUACCAUCCAACUUACAAUACUACAACACAAAUACUUGCCAAUGCCAAGCCACCCCAAAGAUGAUUUUGACCGCCAAGACCAAACCUUUCCCAAUACAAAAACAACCAUCUCGAUCAUUGGUGCGAAAUAGGGUAUUUAACCGCCGGGCUGUAAGCAAUUGGCUUAUGCUUCAUUUAUGACUAACAACAACAACAACAAAAAAUAAACUGUGCUAAAUUAAUUAAUGCAAUUUAAUCACUUAAAUUAAACCAUAAAGAAAGGGGAUGGCUGAACUAACGGGGGGAAUUAACUUAAUCACGAAAAUUUAAAAACUAUAAUUACUCAAUUAAGCCAUGUCGACCAUUUUCCACUUUCGUGCCCUUUUGGCGCGUAACCGAACCAACCAACCCAGACGCGCGCGCACUCUCUCUCACACACCCACACUGCUCACUUGGCGAAAAAACAAAAACGAAAAAUAAAAAAAGAAAAAGAGAGCAAAGGGGAAAAAGAAAGAUCAAAACCAUCGCUUUGGCUUUGAAAACUGACACACUGAGAGAGAGAAGGGGGGAGAGAGAGAGAGAGAGAAAGUAGCGAGAGAAACACUGAGAGAGAGAGAGAGAGGGAAGAAAAGCCAAAACACCAAAAUCCCAACAACAAACAGUGCUUCCUCUCAUCUCGCGUUUGCGUUCUCAGUGUGAAGAAGAGAAAAUCAGUGAAGACAAGGAUAGAGAGAGAGAGAGAGAGGGAGGAAGAGAAGGAGAUGGUGUGUUUCUAGUUUUUUUUACUGUGUUGAAGCUUUCUCUCACUACUUUCUCUGUCUAGGAGUGGAAGGGGGAGAAGAAGGGAGGAAGAAGGAGAAGAGAGCCAUUUGAUCGGGGAUUGUCGGGUCGCGGGUUCGACGGCCGUACAAUCCAUCUAUGCGCCGCGGGGCUCCGCGAAUUCCGGGGAGGGGCAACUUUUCGACGAGCAUGGAGCAGCGGUACGGACGCGGCCAGGAAGGGGCGCAGUCGGAUCCGUCGCCGGAAUGGUCGGCGCCGGGGCCGGAAACCGGGCUUGAAGAGGGACUGUGGCAGUUGGGAUUGGGUGGAGAAGGCGAAGCCGGGUACCCGGAAAGACCCGACGAGGCCGAUUGUAUCUACUACUUGAGGACAGGGUUUUGCGGGUACGGAGCGAGGUGUCGGUUCAACCAUCCCCGUGACCGAGCUGCGGUGCUGGGAGCUGCUAGGGCUGGAGGAGGGGAGUUCCCUGAGCGAGUGGGCCAGCCUGUGUGUCAGUAUUAUAUGAGGACUGGAAGUUGUAAAUUUGGCGCUUCUUGCAAAUACCACCACCCAAAGCAGGCAAUUGGUUCAGAUGCUCCUGUGCCUCUGAAUUAUUAUGGUUACCCUCUACGUCCGGGUGAGAAAGAAUGUACAUACUAUAUAAAGACAGGGCAGUGCAAGUUUGGUGCUACAUGUAAAUUUCAUCACCCACAGCCAGCCAAUGUACAAGUUCAACAGCAGUCACUGCCAUCACAAGUAGCGCCUAUGGCUACUCCGUUAGCUGCUCCUGCAAUGUAUCCGCCCAUGCAGUCUCCAUCAGUUCCCUCAUCCCAACAAUAUGGGGUAUUAGUUGCAAGGCCUCCUUUGUUGCAAAAUACAUAUGCACAAGGCCCCUAUGGUCCCAUGCUCCUGUCUCCAGGCGUGGUUUCCUACCCAAGCUGGAGCCCUUACCCGGGGCCUGUAAGUCCUGUAGCAUCUCCUGGUACCCAGUCUGCACUUGGCUCAAGUUCUGUAUAUGGUAUAACUCAACUGUCGCCAUCGGCACCUGCCUAUACUGGGGCUUAUUCACCUCUGCCUUCUUCAACUGGACCUUCAAGUAGUAGCCAAAAGGAGCACACUUUUCCUGAGAGACCUGGUCAACCAGAGUGUCAAUACUACAUGAAAAAUGGCGAUUGUAAGUUUGGAUCGUCAUGUAGAUACCAUCAUCCGCCAGAAUUCAGUGCACCAAAACCGAAUGUAGCUCUUAGUCCCUUGGGUCUCCCCUUGCGUCCAGGGGCCCCUCUUUGCACUCACUACACGCAGCGCGGGCAAUGCAAGUUCGGUCCAGCAUGCAAAUUCGAUCAUCCAAUGGGAAUAAGUUACAGCCCAUCUGCGUCAUCCUUGGCCGAUAUGCCUGUUGCACCAUACCCCGUAGGCUCUUCAAUCGCCACCCUUGCUCCAUCUUCCUCAUCUUCGGAGCUACGCCCUGAACUGACAGGAGGAUCUAGCAAGGACUCCUCCAGUAGAAUGGCAUCAUCAUCGGUAAACACCUACAGUGGGUUCGUAGGCUCAACUUAUUCAAGUGCUCAGCAACCUUCUUCUGGUUCUUUAACUGGCAGCAGCAGCAGUGGCAGUAGCAGCAGCAGCAGCAGUGCUCAUGCCUCUAGCUAAUUGAAAGGUUAUUGCAACUUGCCUGUUCAUUCUACCUCAGAUCAACAUUCAUGAAAGCCACUAUCUUUUUUUUUUCUUUCGGUCCAAGCUAGCCGUCGACUAGGAAGCAAAAAGGUUCUCGUAAUUUUAUAGUCCUUGAUAUGGCCAUCUACCCUUUUUCCCCCCUCAUCUUUUGAAUAAACUAUGGCCAAAGUUUAGUGAACUCCCCCAAUAUAUGAGCCUUGCUCCCCCCACCCUCCUUUUUUGUUUGAAUAACCAUGAGAGGUUACUUGCAGUUCUCUUGUUCCUCUCUCUCAUUAGCAGAAAGUCUAAGUCCCAAGGAAAGUUGGGAGGGGAUGGUUGGUGUGGAGAAUAGUAAGCAUAUUCUAUGUUCUCUUCUUUGUUUCCAAAGAUGAACGAAGAAUGAGAAACAUCACAAGAUUCUUCCUUUCACUUCACAGCCUAAUGGCUUCCAAUUUGUCCAGUGAAAGAAAAAGAAGGAAUUGGAAGGGGUUUUCUUGUUCAACCCCCCAGUUUUUUGUUGCAGGGGUUUUAGUGUGAAGGAAAAAAAAAAAAAAGAAAUACCAGAAAAAAGACUUGUGGAAAAAAGAUGGGAGGCAGAAUCUCAAUGCUCUCUUUACCUUUUCUUUUGAACACCCAUCUUUCUUCCAAUGUGAUUAGAUGCAUAGUUGUUCUUAUAUGUAUUGUUCCCCACAAUGAAGACCUCUCUUUGUUCCUAUCUUUCUGUGACAUUGUUAUUGGUGAAUCCUGUUUAUGCAUAGUUUACAAUGUAUACCAAGAAUCCCUACCUUCUUUUGAUUGUAAUAAUGAGAUGAAUUCCUCCCUCUCUCUCUCUAUCUCUCUCUCCCACAUUUCCUUCAUUUCUCAUUGAAAAGUGGUUGCAUUGAAAGUUACGUGCCUUUAUAGAUAUACCAUCUUCUCUUGUCCAGUUGCCACCUCGUGUGCCUCUUACUGUUAAGGUGCAACAAAAAAACAGGGAUUCAACGCAUGCUUCGUUGGUUGAGUAAUCAUGUCUUCAUCAUCAAUGUUAACGCGUUCAAUUCAGUUCUAAAUUUCACAGUGACUGAUAAGUUUCUCUGAGAUUUUCUGUGACCGCGAGAUCUUGUUACUUAGGAGUUGAUCCGGUAGCAAUGAAGUAAACAAUCAAAAGUGUCACUUUUGAAAGGAAGGACUUGUGCAAAAUCUGUGUGACCCUAUUUUAUAUAAUUAUCAAUUUAUCAUACAUGCCUUUCUUUCUUUGUUUGUGUUUUGGUAUUGUACGGUACACUCCUUCACUUUCACCCCACACGAAAGAAAUAAAAGAUUGCACUUCAAAAGGAAGGAUGGUGACAGCUGCUUGCCUGCCUGCCUAUGCGAUUUCAUUCAAAGCAAACGACAAUGUGCCAGAGCAGGAAUUAAAAGCAAAUUGGUUCGACAUUUAAUGAUAUAAUAAUAAUUAAGGCCUAAAUUUGAAUUGAUUUCUUUAGCGACCAAACUCUUGGUUAAAAAAAAUAUUUUUUUUUAGCGACACUGCUUAGGAAAUCAUGGGUCGUGCCGUGUGGUCAUGGCGUCGCAUGGCCUACGUCAUCCCCGCCAUUUUUCUAUUGUGAUUUGUAAGUGAGGUGGGGUGGGGUUGGGUUUCCCAUUGUCGACAAAAAGUAAGGCAAUUGGCCGAAAGACGGACGGAAUACCACUUUCUUAAUGGAACUUCUGCAUAAAUUUACACGCUAUACCAUAUACCUUACUGCUCGACAUUAUUAUUAUUAUUUUGAAUCCAUGCAUGUUAGUUAGGCCAUGUUUGGAGGAUGUGAUUGUCUAAAUUCAUGUAUUUGUUCAAUUACUGUAUUAUGAUUUGAGGUAUUGAUUGAAUGUAUGUAUUAGACAAAUCCCUUGUUUGGAUGUGUUAAAGAUUGUGUAUUGGUUGUAAAAAGAAAUUACACUUUUUGAG